CGCAGCAGUGUGCCGCGCGCCUCCUCUCUCCGGUGCGCACCGAUCUUUGAAUAAAGCGUGUGAUGCCACAGAGAGACACAUCUACAGUAAAGGUGACACAAUCAACGACAAAAGAAGCAAACUAAUUUUCAUUUUGGAAGUUGGGAAGCGUUAAAUUGCCUCAGUCGAAUGAUGGACUAUGGAUGCAAAGUUCUGUUAUUUUACCACUUUAGAGGCUCAGAAUAAAAUUGACAGAAGGUCUGAUUUGAACUUUUUGUAACCUCAGUGACACCAUAAAUCAACAACAUGGAUCUAAAUGAGACAUUUACAUCGUCCGAGUGCGUCGGAGCGCAGACUUAUGCGUUGCAAAGCGGAGACUUUAACGGGAGCUUGGAGACAUCAAACAUCACCUGCAGCAACACGUCCACACUCCUCAUACCUCAGCGUGUGAGACAGAGAGAAGAUGACCAUACAGUGCGGAUCCUGCUCUACUCACUCAUCUUCUUCCUGAGUGUGUUCGGCAACCUGCUGAUCAUCGUGGUGCUGACGGUCAAUAAGCGCAUGCGCACCGUUACCAACACCUUCCUGCUGUCGCUUGCAGUCAGUGACCUGAUGAUGGCCGCCUUCUGCAUGCCCUUCACCCUCAUCCCCAGCAUCCUCAAGGACUUCAUCUUCGGAGCUGCCAUGUGCAAGAUAGUGUCUUACCUCAUGGGCAUAUCAGUGAGUAUCUCUACAUUUAGCUUGGUUGCCAUAGCAAUUGAGCGCUACAGCGCAAUCUGUAAUCCCCUGAAAUCACGGGUGUGGCAGACCCGCUCCCACGCUUAUAGGGUGAUUGCUGCUACAUGGGUGCUGGCCUUCAUCAUCAUGAUCCCCUAUCCAGUAAUCAGUCAACUGGAGUCUUUUCAGCGCCCUGACAACACGACUGCUCACCAGUGUCGCCCCAAGUGGCCCGUCGCAAUGGUAGAGCAGACCUGGUACAUUCUGCUACUGCUUGUGCUUUUCGCUAUUCCAGGGGUGGUGAUGAUUGUGGCCUACGGACUCAUCUCCAGGGAGCUUUAUAGAGGCAUCCAGUUUGAGAUGGGCCACAAAAAAGACUCUACCGAUGUGAAGAAUGGCCUGACCUCCACUGUGUCUGGUGGCAGUGAUGACGGUGAUGGUUGCUACGUGAAUGUUGUCCAGCGGCCUCACUCGAUGGAGAUGUCAACCAUGGCUGCCUCUGGCAAGGUGCUCAAGGCAGACCGGCCACGUAGCAACACAUCUGAGGCCAAGCUGGAGGCCAAGAAGCGAGUCAUCCGCAUGCUGGUGGUCAUUGUUGUCCUGUUCUUUCUCUGCUGGAUGCCACUGUACUGUGUCAACACCUGGCGGGCUUUCGAUAACAUCUCUGCCAAACAUGCCCUCACAGGGUCGCCCAUCGCUUUUAUCCAUUUGUUGUGCUACACCUCUGCCUGCGUCAACCCCAUUAUUUACUGCUUCAUGAACACGCGUUUCCGCAAAGCCCUGCUUGCCACUUUCUCUUGCUGUGCUGCACCUUGCCAUCGUCGUCGUCGUCGCGGGCUACGGGACAACGAGGAGGAUGUUAUGGCAACAGGAGCAUCCAUGUCCAAGUUCAGUUACACUACAGUCAGCACCAUGGGAACCUGCUGAAGCAGAUGGAUUCAGGCACAAUCCAGAAGAGACAGUUACUACGGCAACACAGCACCCCACAUCCUUUGUCUGUAGGCCAUUUCUGUGCUCAUAGGGAUUGUAAUGUGGAGUGGAAAAACUGGCCAUAUAAUGUAGCAGUGUAGAAGCUUCACCUAUGACUGUGAGUAAAAUUAUAAAGGGAUUAUUUCAUGAACCCCAGUCUUACAGUGUAAAUACCUCCAUAGCUAUAUUGAAAAAGCACAAAAAAACAGAAUAUACAGUUAUCUCUUGUCACAGGACCAAGGAAAUGUGCUCGCUUAGAUGUUAAAGGUGGGGCGUGUGUGUGUGUGUGUAGUUGCAGAGGAUGUGAGUAGUGUUGGGCUGUAUGAUAUGUGAGGGCGGCAGGCUUGAUAACUUAGUAGUUGUUAUGUAGCUAUAAAAAUAAGGCUAUUUGCUAUGUAAUUUUCAAAUUGUGUUUUAUAUUUUGCUGCCAGUUGUUAGUGUUUAUCCGUAUUCAUGAUGGUUAUUCAAUUGCAUUGUGGACUAAGUGCCUGCUUCUAAAUGCUGUCGUAUUUGUCUACUGUCGAGUUGCCUCAUUCAUCACAGGUACCAUAAUCACAGCAAAUUGCAACCUGAGGAGUGUGAAAGUGGAGUUUAAAGACUCAAAAGAUCCUCUAAACAAGUUGAAAGUCCUCCACAGAAGUUGAGAAUCUCCAAAUGAGAACUGAUAAAUGAUAAAUGAGAGUCAGUUCUACAUGACUCCAUGGCUUGCAGAAAACACUUCAGUGGUAUAAACAGCUUAGAUGGGCUGUGGUCAUGCCUUGUGUUGUGGUUGUGAACUGUACCGCUAGCCAUCUUUGUGUUUUUGGGGGCAAAAUUUUUGCUGCAAUGUUUGUUUGUAAUCUGUCCUCGUAGUUGCACAGUGAUUUGACUCUUUGAAUUCUGUGUCUUUCUUAUAUUAGGGCCUCUAGUUUGAGGGCAGUUGACUGAUGUAGUUGGUUGAUAAGUAGUACCCAGCACUUUGUGGAUACAUCAGGAUAAGAAACAUCUGGGUAGAAAGCCUGGAGGAUAGGUUUUUAAAUCAACAUUGAUAUAUUCUAGAUAACAUAUUAGAAAAACUCCAUAAACACACUUGAGGACAACAGGAAGUCCUGUGCAUUGCAAGGAAUAAGGACACAACAUAGAAUAAAA